AGAAGACGUUGGUUUGAAAGAUGGCGACGCACACGCAAAAGAAUAACAAGCAGGGGAUAUCUGGAGGGAAAGAGGCUCAGCCGUUGAUAAUCGCCAAAACUCCGGCGGAGGAGCAGCGUCUGAAGUUGGAGCGGUUAAUGCGGAACCCGGAUAAGCCGGCUCCGAUCCCGGACCGGCCGAAGGAAUGGAACCCGCGGGCUCCUCCGGAGUUCGUCCGGGACGUGAUGGGCUCCAGCGCCGGAGCGGGCAGCGGGGAGUUCCACGUCUACCGGCACCUCCGACGCAGAGAGUACCAGAGGCAGGACUUCCUCGACAAGAUAGCAGAUAAGCUGGACGAGGACCAGGACUACCUGGAUAAGGUGGAGCAGAACAAACAGGCGGCCGACGAGAGAACUGCGAAGCGAAGGAAGAAGCGGGAAAAGCUGAGGCAGAAAAAGGAGACGGCAAAGAAGGCGAAGCUAGAGUCCAAAAACAAGAAAGAAGACGACACCGAGCAGAGCUCUGACAGCAGCGAGGAGGGAAAGGACGAGGAGAGAGAGGCUGACGAUGACGCCGAGGCUCCUAGCUUCAUCAUGGGGAGGAAAUGAGUUCUCCUCGGUCUCCUGCAGGGUGACUGCCGGGUCUGGGUAACGUUGAUGGCGUUAAUGCUCCUUGGAAGUGACCUUGUGAUGGAGCGACCAUAAAGCCAAGGGGCUCUGGAAGACACAAGGCAUGAGAGAAUGGACUGCCCUGUUUAAAUGGCAGGUAGUCCCUCAGAGUGUAUGCCUCCAAUGACACAAUGUCCCAGUUGGAAAAGAGACACGUUGAGACACUUCUUACUUUUCACUAUGCUUUCCAUAAUCUCAAUUUGUAGAUCUCAUGUUUCAGCUAGUGGGCCAGGUGUGCUGUCGUCUCCAUGGAGUUUGCCAAAAGUAAUGAUCAAGUUUUCAGACAUUUGACGUGAAUGGAUUGUUGAGUUGUGGGGAAUCUUAUACAUUUUAACGGGAUGUUUUUUUUAAUAAAAAUACGAAUAUGCAUGGACAUUGGGGGUGUUAUGCUGUUUAUUCUCCUUUAGAUUGCUGAAGUCACUGUUGGACAAAGUGAUACAAAGGCUGGGUAACAACUAAGGUAAUAUUAGAAUUGCAAGUGGGUGCAUGUGUGCAUCACCACAUCAUCAUCAUCAUCUAUGUUUUUAUGGUAUCAGUCUUUGCAGCCUUGUGAAGCUGCUCCUUGCAUGGACUAUUGCUCGUGGGCACAACAAGGUGGCAGAAAGCAACUCAGAGAAUGAAAAGGCGUGACUUCUGGAGGCUCAGGAGACUCACGUGCGAUGUUCUUUGGACAGACUCCUGCUUUCCACGGCGGUGGUGGUCUCACUCUGUGGCCGCCACCUUUCUUUAGGCAGGUAGAGUAAAGCCUGGCAGCUAGAUAUUGUUUGAAGCAGGGGGAGCUCUUCCUGUCGAGCACUGUCAACUGUCACAGUAACAACAUUUAAAAAAAAUAAUAAUCAAGGAACACACCGCUUUAAACACCGUGAUUAAUUUGUUAUGCAUCAACUUUAAACAUAAUAAAAUGGCAUCAAUUUUAACACAAAUCAUGCUUUAAGAAUUUUGUAUUCUCUCAUAAAUCACACAAACCCACAUGACAUUUAUAUUCAUGAAAAUAUUCUGAUAUAUUAAACACCUUUUAUUGAAAUUGAGCGUGACGGUUUACAGAAUAAAUGAGAUAUGUUGGUCUUAGUUCAUGUGCUAGUAUUCCCAGAUUAUUUUACUUGUGAUUCUCUUCACUGUGCAUCUUCACAUUUCUGCUCCAUUGAAAUCUAUUCAUCUUGUCUUGAUGUGAAGUUUUUCAUGAGGGAUUCAGAAUAUUUCAAUAAUUGAACAUGCACUGAAAUUCCCUGCAAAGUUUGAGUGAGGAAUAUACU